GCAGCGGCUGGUGCUCAGUGCGGGACUGGAAGUUCUAGUUGAGAGUUCGCAGCUCCCCGGGACAUGGCACACGGACUGGCGUUCAGCACGGGGCUGAGGCUGCUGCUCACCCCACCAACUCCACCCCCGAGCCAGGACUAAGCGGGACACCCACCUGUAGCCACUUCCAUACACCAUGGCUCCCUGUCUGCCGCUCAACAGCACCGGCACUUUCCCAGAAGAGGAAAACAGCACCAGUUGUUGGCUGAGCCUGUCCCAGAGUUGGAUGUUGGGGGCAGUUCUGUCCUUCGUGAUCCUGGUCAUUGUGUUUGGGAACCUGCUGGUCAUUAUCGCUAUAGCCAAGACCCCCAGGCUGCAGACCAUGACCAACGUGUUCAUCACCUCCUUGGCUUGUGCUGAUCUCAUCAUGGGACUUCUUGUGGUGCCACCAGGGGCCACUAUUUUGGUCACCGGGGACUGGUUGUUUGAGACCACAGUGUGUGAGUUAUGGACCUCGCUGGAUGUUCUGUGUGUGACGGCCAGCAUAGAGACCCUGUGUGUGAUAGCUGUGGACAGAUAUAUUGCUAUCACCUCCCCUCUCAAGUAUGAGAUGCUGGUGACCAAGGUGAGGGCCCGUCUGACUGUAUGCCUUGUGUGGGCCAUCUCUGCCCUCAUCUCUUUCCUGCCCAUCAUGAACCGCUGGUGGAGAGACACCCACAACGAAGAAGCCAAGAGAUGCUACGACAACCCCAAGUGCUGCGAUUUUGUCACCAACAUGCCCUACGCCAUCGUCUCCUCCACCAUCUCCUUUUAUGUGCCUUUGGUCAUCAUGAUUUUCGUCUACGUCAGGGUCUUCAUCGUGGCCACCAGGCAGGUAAGACUGAUAGAAAAGGACAAGGUAAGGUUCAACGGGACGCCGGUGCCCACCAACAAAACCAGGAGGGCUUCUAGGAGGAGACCCUCAGGACUUCUAGCCAUCAAGGAGCAUAAAGCUCUCAAGACUUUGGGCAUCAUCAUGGGCAUUUUCACCCUGUGCUGGUUGCCGUUCUUUGUGGCGAACAUCAUCAAAGUUUUUUGCAGGUCGUUUAUAGAUGACAAUGUGUUUCUGUUCUUGAACUGGUUGGGGUACAUCAACUCAGGGUUGAACCCGAUCAUCUACUGCAGGAGCCCUGAUUUCAGGAGGGCUUUCAGGAAGCUCCUGCGUUGUCCGAGGGCUGUUGACCGCAAGUUGCACGCUCUUUCCAAGGACCUAAAGAGGCACCCUUAUACCUCCGGCACCCAUUUGGACUGUGAUGGGAUCAAACAAGUACCCGACGGACAGGAACCGGGCAACGGCAGCCUGAGCAGUAGCAGUAGGUGCAGUAGCAGAACCGAGGAAACCAGCCUGAAGAACGGCAAUGCUAACUCUAACCAUAAACAAUCUGACAUUUAACUUCACCUUCCUCAGGAGCCCCUCUCCUCUAAGGUGCACAGAGACUGAACCAAGUGCGGAGGGGUGCGUCAUUAUUUGUUGUUGUGUGCCCAUGGAGGGAAGGGACAUAGUGGGGCUCAUUUAUCAACACUGGCCAAAUUUGCCCAUGGGCAGUUACCUAUAGCAACCAAUCAGUGACUAGCUUUUUAAAACCAGAUGCAGCGAUUGGUUGCCAUGGGUUACUGCCCAUGGGCAAAUUAGCCCAGUGUUGAUAAAUGAGCCCCAGUGUCUCUUGGGCACAACCUCAAAAGUAAAGCUUAGGCUCUAAAGAACAGGAACAAAUGACUGCUGCUGCUAUAAUAUGUACAGUAUUAAUUGGACACACUGGGGGGUCGCAGCCUACUUCUGCUCCGAAAAGAAAGUAGCGGGCAGUAAAUAUUUAUGCACUUGCGCAGCCAAAUGCCGCUGAUACAGCCGUGCGUCAGGGAAAACUACUCGAUGACUUUCAUGUUCAAAUAUUUUUUCUCUUGUACUUAGAGUAACCUUCAAGCCCCGCCCCCCAAAAGAUAUUUCGGUGAAUAUUUUGUAAAUACGUUGUGUUACCUAUUUAUAUGAAUUGUCUAUAUACUAAUUGCACAUGACCACUAAUGCCAAAGCGGGGUCUCUGAGCAAAAAUAACAAUUCUUGAUUCUAAAUCCAUUGCACUGUAACGGGCACACGGGGGCAGUUAGAAAACAUGAUUAGAUUCUAAUUCUAGUUAUUCCAUUUUUUAUACAUUUCCAUUGGUUUUAAAUGUAUUUGUAAAUGGAAUUGCUGCUGAAAGCCGCAUCUGUCUGUCCUUAUCUGCACUGCUGGUCCUGACUCUUGAAACAAUGUACAUACGGGAAGGGACCUACAGAUCCUGCAAUUGCAUAUGCUGAUAAUCUUAAAACCAUUGGAAAUGGGCAAUUAAUGUAUAUUGGAAGGUGGCUUAUAAAUGACAAAUUCUUCUGUUAGGCAAACGUGUUUUUGAGUUUACUUCCCCUUUAUAAAAUUAUGUUUUACAAUUCUAAGACAGUUUGCGUUGUUUUUUAUUUUUAUUCCUGUUAAGAUUAUCCUGUCACUUGUGCCAUGGGUGGGGGGUCACUGACCCCCCAAGUAACCAGCUUUUUGAGUGACUGGAAAAUAAGCAAGAAAGAUGUUAUUUAAAUGAAUAUUAAAUAUCCACCCCGACUGUCAGUUUAUUUUAGCGUCACUGACCUUAGCAUCCAGGUUUCAUUUUAAAUUCCAGCUUGGAAAGUAAAUAGACUCCAUUUAAAGAAUGUUUAUAACAGGAAUUUGACCCUUUCCUGUGAUGCAGAACUACAAUUCCCUUGCCAGUUCAGACACCAGAGGAUGCUGGGAAUUGUAGUUUUUUCCAACGAUGCCUUGGCCAAUUGUUUUUGUAUAAUACAAAUUAUAAUAUCUUAACUGAGUGUCACACCACUAUUUUUCAUGGCAUUUGAGAAGUCACAAUUGCUAUUAUCAGCUGUUACCAUCAAUUCUGUUCUGUGAUAGGAAUUUGACUACAUAGGGCACAUUUUUUUCUGGGACUGAGGGAAAACAGUGUAAAUGAGUUGUACAAUGUAUAUUAGUAUCAUAAAAUAUGUAUAUACAGUGCUAAUGUAUGGCAUUUAUGAUGGAAAGCAAGUGUGUGUAUAAUAUUUUUAUACAGAAUUAAACACAGAUAUACAGAAUA